AUGUCCAUUAAUAAUAGAGGUUUAUCGAAAGAAUUCUAAGAGCGCAUUAUUAAUGACUUAGGCAUAGUGGAAUGCAGUGAUUUUCAUGAUGGCACUUGUUUGUAUGCCUCCUUUAUAAGGCUGCUAUAAUUGAUACCCAAAUCAUACAAAUACUACAUUCCCAUCCAUUUAAUUCCCUUCCUCAUCUUCAAAAGAAAGAGAGUGAUGCAGAGACCCUUGAAAACUAUUUCAGUGGCAUUUUAUAAUUAUGCCAAAUCAGUUUUAUUCGUCUCUCUGUAUGUAGCUAUUUGCAAGUAUGCUUUAUGCAAGCUUAAAAACAUUCGACAUAAAGUAGAUGGUUGGAAUCCUGCCCUUGCAGCAUCAGCUGCUUGUUCAGCACUUUUCUUAGAAUCUGAAGGCAGAAGAUAGGAAAUUGCCUUAUUCAUAUUCCCAAAAUCAUUAGAAACUGCAUGGAGAUUGCUAAAAAAGAGAGGCUACGUAACAAAUAUCAAAGGAUGGGAAUUGUUCCUAUUCGGUCUUGCUAUGGGAAUUAUUAAUUAUUUCUAUCAUUAUGACGAAGCAGCAAUUAAAUCUACAUACUUAACUAUAUUCAAAAAUUUUUGGGGAAAAGAUUGA